AUGGAUGACCACGGGCGGAGGAGGAGGCCGAACGAACCGCCUGUUAACCCGCCGUCCAAUGCUAGAUAUUCCGUCCACGAUCCUAAUGCACAAGGAAGGUCGUACGGCGCGAGCGGGUCCGAUAGGUAUCGGCCCGCGCCUCUAAACACGUCGCCUACGGCAGCUCGUGGCAUUGGGGGCACGGCUACUUACAGUGGAUAUUAUCAAGAGCCGGCCACAGCUUUCUCCACCGCCAUGCAGCAGAACGCAAUGCCAUACCAAUCUGAAUACGGCCAAGAUACUCGGCAGGCUCAGAGUUUUGGUACUUACAAUACACCCAUGAUGUACAACGUACCACAAGCGAGCGCGCAAAGUGCCGUUUAUGAUACGAGUCAACAAUUCCCGUCUCGGCAACCUGCAGCACUGCAGAUGAUGCAAACGGAUGUAGCUACCCCCUAUUUCCCGAGCGAACCGACCAACGCGGCCACAGCGUCUACGUUGCAAUCACAUGCAGGCUCUUCGAGCGCGUCAGCAGUAUAUCAGCAGAGCCCGACUAACCAGCGCACAAUGCUCCAAAAUUAUCCAAGCGGGAUGGCUCCGAUGAGUGGAAUGGCGCAAGCGAACACGCCGGAGCAGGUUAUAGAGGAACCGGAGUAUUCGCAGACAACAGAGAUGGCCGAAGCCUACGAGCAUUACCAGACCGCUUUGAGGGAGGUCUUCACCAAUAUACGAAGCGGGGUGUUGCAAGCUGCCAGCGAGUCGCUACUAAAUAUUUCCGAGUGGUUGCUUUCGAAAGUUGUGGAACUAGGCCUCUCAGCAGACGAUGAAAACCUCUACAGAGAUCGCAUUAAGAUGUGGCAAGACUUCAACCAUGCAUGGCUCUCUUUAUUCCAGAGACAAAAGGAUAUGAUGGAAUCUGGCCAAGCGCUGCAGAGGGGCCAGACAUUGAUUGGAGAAGAGGGAUUGCGCAAGAUGGGGAAAGAGAUCGUGAGACUUUGCGACGGAAUCGACCGACACGGUCUAGUCGACUACGAAUAUGGAGUUUGGGAGGAGAACAUCAUUGGUGUUAUCGAGGAAUGUCUCGACCUCUACGAAAACGGAGAGGAGGCCGAAGCCGGUGGUUCCUCUACUGCUGGGACGAGCCGCCGCGGCCACCACACUUCCCGAUAA